UUCGUUGUUUAUUAAUUCACUCUAAAUUAAAGAAGAUAAGAAAUUCUUCGUUGGUUAUAAAAUUAAUUAAAUAAAUUCUUUUUCAUAUUUAGAAAAUUUUAUAAUGUCAAUGGGGAACAAUGAUCUCACUGUAAAUUCUUUAAACGUACCAGAAAAAUUGCCAGUGAUUUUAAAACAAUUUUGUAAAGCAGCUAUCAGAACACAGCCUUACGAUCUUCUUAAAUGGUCAUGUGCAUACUUCAAUGCUCUUGCUAAAGGUUCUGAGCCUCCAACAAAAAUAAGACUUGAAUAUCCACUUCCUAGAAGAUCUUCAAGUUUGACUAUAGGAUUAUUAAAAGUGUUGCUUCGACAAUUUGGUGAUUAUCAUAAAUCACUACCAUUAGAAGUUAUUACAAGACAAUGGAAUGAGUUAUGUCUUGAUCAACGAGAUUUGAAUUUAAUUUUAAUUAUCGGAAGGUUUAGACGAAAAUGCUUAGUAAAAAAAUUUCUUGCAAUAGCUGUAGGUUUAUUAGGAGCUAAUCUUUUUGAUACAAUGCUGAUGAUUUGUGAACUCUUUACCAUGGAACCAGAUGGUGGAUCUGCUAUGAUUCCAUUAAGUUUAUUUACUGAAAUAUAUGAGUACCUAGCUAAAUUACAUUGUGAUGGUGGAACGAGAGAUCAAAAUGAUGAUCCUUUUGCGUUCAUAAUUGAGGACACUGAAAAUUUAAAGUGGCAUUCUGUAGACAAUUCAAACAAAAAUUUUAUUAACUCUGGUGGAAUAUCUAACUCUACAAACUUAGAUACUGAAGAAGAUGCGAAUUUUGAUCUAGAUUCACUAUCAAAAGAUGAUUCUUUGUCUAUCCGACGAAAUUUUGUAAAAGAAGAGACAAUUGAUGCAGUUAUAGAUGUUGAUAAACUACAAAAAAAAGAUAAUACUAGUGAAUCUGCGACAACUAUUAGGAAUUCUGAUAGUUUAACUAUUACCAAUGGGAACAGAUCUAAUUUUAAACAAAAAUCAAUUGAAACAAAUCAGAAUUUCAACCUUGAUCCGAAAUGGGUUUCACAUUAUCCAAUCAUUCCAGGAAUUGGUCCACGAUUGACAGUUGAAGAAAUAACGGCAGUGAUUGAAUGGGUUACAGAAUGUGCUAAUGUCCAAGAAGGUAUGAUUGGUCCUAGGAAUUUACGCCAUUUCCAGUGUCCACCUUUAGAUCGACAGGACAUGUCUAAAUUUAAAUAACAAUAGUUUUCUUCAAAUCGAUUUAUUGUAGAGUUUAUUGUAGAA